AAGCAGAAGAGGAAUAGGGAUUAAAAGUUAAAGAACCAGAGAUGAACUUGUAUUUAUCAAGUCACCUACGUUCCCCCUCCGACGUACACACUCAUUCUAUUCCUACGUACGGCGGUACGAAGGUUUUAAGGCGACCAAGCUAAGAGAUUAACUUGAGGCACCACUACCCGAACAUCUGCAUGUCAUGAGUUAUUCCCAACCCAGAUGGACUUGUAAUUCCUUGGAACUGUUUUCCCAGUGAUGAUGCUCCGUAAAUGUCGAAGUGCAAAGAGACAUGCUCAAAUUACAUGUCUACUCGAUCUCUGAGACCAAAGAAUGAAACUAAUUCGCCUAAUCGGACAAAUUCCGCACUACCGCUCUCUCGCUACCGCUGCAUUUCUCGCCUCUCAAACACUUGAAGAGGAACGACGGCAACUGCUUUCUCUAAUAAAAUCAUGCACCCAGAAGACCCAUUUGCUUCAAAUCCACGCCCACCUCGUCUGUACAAGUCUUCUUCAAGACCCCACCAUUUCCCUCAACUUCUUGUCCCGCCUGGCACUCUCUCCCGCACGAGACGUGGACUAUUCCCGCCAGUUUUUUACUCAAAUCUCGGACCCAUUAUCCUCUCACUACAACACCAUGAUCAGGGCCUACUCUAUGAGCAAUUCACCACUGGAGGGGUUUUUUAUGUACCGAGAAAUGAAACGGCAAAGCGUGCGUGUAAACCAUUUUUCGUCUUCGUUUGCUAUCAAGUCUUGUAUUAAGCUUUCUUCAUUGUUAGGGGGAGUUCAGGUUCACGCUAGGAUUUUGACAGAUGGGCACCAGUCUGAUAGCCUAUUGCUCACUAGUUUGAUGGACUUGUAUUCGUGUUGCGAUAGGUGCGAUGAAGCGUGUAAGGUGUUCGACGAUAUACGUGACAGAGAUACCGUUGCUUGGAAUGUGUUGAUUUCUUGUUGCAUGCGUAAUAACAGGACCCGAGAUGCAAUGGGUUUGUUUGAUAUUAUGCAGAGUGGCAGUGAUGGAUGUGAACCCGAUGAUGUCACGUGUUUACUUCUCUUGCAAGCAUGCGCCCACUUGAAUGCAUUGGAAUUUGGUGAAAAGAUCCAUGCUUACAUUGGACAGCAUGGUUAUGGUGCUGCCGGCAAGUUGUGUAAUUCUCUGAUAACAAUGUACUCACGUUGUGGGUGUUUGGAGAAGGCUUAUGGGGUGUUUAAGGGAAUGCGCAACAAGAAUGUGGUUUCAUGGAGUGCAAUGAUUUCAGGUUUAGCGAUGAACGGGCAUGGAAGAGAAGCUAUUGAAGCAUUUUGGGAGAUGCAGAAAUUGGGUAUUCCACCAGAUGAUCAGACGUUUACUGGAGUUCUUUCUGCUUGCAGUCAUUGUGGGUUAGUUGAUGAGGGAAUGAUGUUUUUUGAUCUUAUGAGCAAAGAGUUUGGGAUAGCGCCUAACACUCAUCAUUACGGAUGCGUGGUAGAUCUCUUGGGCCGUGCUGGUUUGCUUGAUCAGGCAUAUCAACUUAUACUUUCAAUGUCAGUUAAGCCAGAUUCAACAAUGUGGAGAACCUUACUUGGGGCUUGCCGAAUUCAUGGUCAUGUUACCCUUGGAGAACGUGUGGUUGGACAUUUGAUUGAACUUAAGGCUCAAGAAGCUGGGGAUUAUGCUUUGUUGUUGAAUGUUUAUUCCUCAGCUGGCAAGUGGGACAAGGUAAUGGAAGUGAGAAAAUUUAUGCAGGAGAAAGCAAUACAAACCAUGCCUGGCUGUAGCACCAUUGUUUUGAAGGGAGUAGUGCAUGAGUUUGUCGUGGAUGAUGUUUCACAUCCACGAAAGGGUGAGAUUUAUGAGAUUCUGAAUGAGAUUAAUCAGCAGCUAAAGAUAGCCGGUUAUGUUGCUGAAGUUUCCGCUGAAUUGCACAAUUUGGGUGCUGAAGAAAAAGGAGAUGCGCUCUCUUAUCACAGUGAGAAAUUGGCUAUUGCAUUUGGGGUUCUUUCAACUCCACCUGGCACAACAAUCCGAGUGGCCAAGAAUCUUCGUACCUGUAUUGAUUGCCACAAUUUUGUAAAGGUUCUCUCGGGUGUUUAUAACCGAGAGGUGAUUGUUAGAGAUCGCACCCGGUUUCAUCAUUUUAAAGAAGGACGUUGCUCCUGCAAUGACUAUUGGUAAGAAUAUUUGGGGUAGGAGGAACACUUAACAUAAACCUCCAGCAAAUAAGACAUAUGCUUUUGCUACGAGUCUGGUGGUGUUUAUUGGUUCCUUGACGAAUUGCUUCAUUGGAUACAACAUUGAGCAUAACAUUCUCAAUUUUAUGAGCUGUUGAAAUAAUGCCUCUCCUGCUGGAAAAUCUGAUAAAUCAAAUUGCGGAUCGUGACAUGGA